GUGAGAUACACGUUUUACCACCGACAUAACGAGCAAGAUAAUUGUCCAUAUCAAACGCGAUUUUAAAACCGUCGUGACGAUCGAAGAUGUCGCGACAAAGUUAGGUGGGUGCGCGGCACGUGGUGUCAUGCCUCGCUGAAGAGGCUGUCAUGGCAGGCCCGCUGCUCACGGGGUUGCUGACCUGCGUUCUAGUCUCAUCUUCACUGGCGGCUUCCCAACUACCUCUUGCACCUUCCAUCAACCCUUUUCCCUCCCCCGAAACGUUGCUGGUCGUUUCGGAAACCUGUUUCUAUCCCCUAGACAUGGAGUACGUCGAAAAGGAACUUGUGGUGUUCAAUAUGAGCUUCAAAAUACUUUCUUCAGAAGAUAUAUGCGAUGGGUCGAGCAAACUGCUUCACGUGCUGUCAACAAGUUCCAAGACCAUUGUAGGAUCCUUUAGAGCCGAGUUAUGCUCUCCUGCAUACUUUAUUUCGAAUUUUUACAACCACACGCUGUCGACUUGGAACUGCCCGCAGGUAUUCAAAGAAAUCGAUACAGAGCAGAAGUCGAGACUAAGUCCUUCUAUACCAGCAAUUACAAGUGGAUUUUCGAGGGUUGUGCUCGAGAUGAAGUGGAAAUCUGUUGCAAUUAUAUCGGGCAAAAUGGGCUGGUGGCCUUUACUGUCGCAGUCAAUUGAUGUUCGCCUACGUGAAGUCGGCGUGGUCCCUAGGCACUUCCUUAUGAUAGGACAAAAUACUUCCCAGGAGAACAUUGAAAAUAAAUUAGGGCUACUAAAGAAGAUUCCCUGUAGAGCCAUUAUACUUUGCCUUCCUGCCGACGAAUCAGGACAAAAAGUGAUGCGGGCCAUCGACUCGUUGCGUUUACCCCACGAUCACAACGCGCUAGCGGUGAUUCUGGACAUUUCAACUCUACCAUCGUGGCGAAACAAGUUGUUGAAUACGACGCCGGAACAUAAUAUCACAAACUUCCUAGACAACAUUAGUUACUCGACCCAGAAACACAUCCUCGUGUACGUUGACGAAGUGGCGUUAAACUCGUCCUUGGAGGUUGAAGUGGUGCACAACAUAAAAAGGACAUACUUGAGAUUGUACGGAGUAAGUGGCGAUCGGUUUUGUUUGUACGACACUUUUUUCAGGCCAUUAAUGCACGUGUAUCAAAAUUUCAGUAAUGCGUUUGUUGUCGACAAAAAUACGAUUUAUUUUGACGAUUGGUUUUCAAAGCACAUACAAUUGGAAGAGUGUGAUAACUGUGCAAGUCAAAUGGAGAAGGCUGUUAACGUUUUAAUUAUUUUGGGGUGUUCGUGUGUUUUUGUGUCGGUUAUUUUGGGUGCUGCAGUCAUUGCAAGAAAUCAGUUAUUAAAAAAACGUGUUUCGAAAGGACCUUAUAAAGUACUUUUGACUGCCACUGAUUUUGUGUUUCCUCAGAUUGCCGAUAGCAGAAGGGUCGAUGAAGGCAUUGAAGCGAUGCUCUGUUGCUGGCUGCAACAGUUGCAGGAGUUCGGGGGACCGGAAGUCGACAAACCGGAUCUUCUGCAAGGGUCUGGUGCGUCCGGGCGUACGCCAUUGCGCGGCGGAUCCAGUCCCAACUUGGCCAAGCAGCUUAUUGUCGAUCCCCGUGUGCGAUAUAACGGUGAUUUGGUUCAGAUGAAACCAGUCCCCAGUGUUGGAACAACUGGUUGCGAAUUAAGAGCGAAGGCUGUCGAACUUUUGGUCCUUCUUCACGGACUACGGCACGAAAAUCUAAAUCCCUUAAUAGGAUGUCUAGCGGAACCGCCCAGGGCCGCCUUGGUAUCUGAAUACUGCACUCGAGGAUCUUUGCAGGAUGUGCUCCAACAGGACGAUAUCAAGCUGGACUGGUCGUUCAGAUUAAGCCUGUUGACUGACUUAGUGAGGGGUAUGAAAUAUCUACACUCAACACCAAUCAGGGUACAUGGUUUCUUAACCUCGAAAAAUUGCGUGAUAGAUGCUCGAUGGGUGCUCAAGGUCACUGAUUAUGGCCUUCCAGCUUUUUAUGAAACACAGGGUAUACAACCACCGAACAAAACUGCAAGAGAGCUUUUGUGGACGGCGCCGGAACUGUUGCGACACGCUAGCAUGAGAAAAAAGGGAUCUCAACCGGGAGACGUGUACUCGUUCGGCAUAAUCCUUCAGGAAGUGGUAGUUAGAGGGGAGCCUUUCUGUAUGCUGGCCCUUACUCCCGAAGAAAUAAUAGAAAAAGUAAAACGCCCCCCACCAUUAAUCAGACCGUCGGUUAGCAAGGGGGCUGCGCCACCGGAAGCCAUUAAUAUAAUGAGACAAUGUUGGGCCGAACAGGCAGAAAUGCGACCCGACUUUAACACCGUACACGACCAGUUUAAAAAGCUCAACCACGGCAGGAAGGUAAACAUAGUCGACACAAUGUUUCAAAUGUUGGAGAAGUAUUCGAAUAAUUUGGAGGACCUGAUCAGGGAGAGAACCGAGCAAUUGGAUAUCGAAAAGAAGAAAACUGAACAGCUUUUAAACAGAAUGCUUCCAAGUUACGUUGCCGAUAAACUGAAACUCGGCAUGCCCGUAGAUCCUGAACAGUUCGAAGAGGUGACAAUCUAUUUUAGCGACAUCGUCGGUUUCACCACGAUAUCCGCCCAUUCGACACCCUUUCAAGUUGUCGAUCUGCUGAACGACCUUUACACUUGCUUCGACGCCACAAUUAAUGCGUACAAUGUCUACAAGGUGGAGACCAUCGGCGACGCUUAUAUGGUGGUGGGGGGCCUGCCGGUCAGGAUCCCCAAUCACGCCGAACAAAUUGCCACAAUGGCCUUGGAUCUUCUGCAUCAAAGUGGAAUGUUCAGGAUACGUCACUUACCGGGGACACCUUUGCGAUUGAGGAUUGGUUUGCAUACAGGUCCAUGCUGUACAGGCGUCGUUGGACUUACGAUGCCCCGAUAUUGUCUAUUUGGCGAUACUGUCAAUACGGCUUCUCGAAUGGAAUCCACAGGUGCGGCUUGGAGAAUUCACAUGUCAGAAGCCACAAAAGCAUAUUUGGAACAUGCUGGAGGAUAUCAUAUAGAAUAUAGAGGUCCUACUGAAAUAAAAGGCAAAGGUACAAUGGAUACCUACUGGCUGUUAGGCAAGGAUGGGUUCGAUAAGGAAUUACCUGUCCCACCUUCAUUAAAUUUGGAAGAGAGUCUGGUGAUAAGCAAAUCAAUGUCGGCGAUUAGUCAGAACGAAGAGGCCGCCAACUCGAUAGGCGAUUGCACCUCGUUAGACUCGAAGCAUCAGGUCGACGAAGUAGCUAAUAAAGUGCCCAACGUGAAACCUUCGUUCAUGCGGACGAUGGAACACUCAAAAUUUUCCAGCCUUACCAAAACAGUCGACAGCGACUCAACAAGCCGAUCGGACUACCAUAUGGUGAAAAGCACAUCAAGUGACACGCCAAUACCCCUGGGUACCCCUGUCUCAGCGUCGGAAGUGGCAGCGGCACUGCUAGGUGCCUCGACGAGUUCGCUUUGCGGAUUCAGGAGGCACCGAAAAAUCGACGAGGAAGACAUCAGCACACCCUACAGCCAUUAUAAAUGUUUGAGUCCCAAACAAAGGGUCGGCAAACUGCUGAGAAGGCAGUUCAGCUUAGAUAGAACCGAAGAGUACAAGAACGACGACACGACGCAUAUGAAUUCCAAACUUUGCAAACAGAACUCAGCCGGUGCAGCUGAUUUGGAAAAAAUCGAGGAGGUUCCGGCAAACGUUUCGUCGCCAACUCAGCUUCAAUGUACCCUGUCAAUAUCAGUUGACUCGUUGUUACAUUAACCAAACUCACGAACAUCAAGUUGCCACUUGGGCAACAAAAUAAAUGAAGGAAUGACGUGAAACAAUAAUAUUUAUAGAGACAAUCAAUGUUUAGCAUUCUUGAUCAGUAGUUUUAUUUGCUUUUAAUAACUCUUUAAACAAGAUUCAACAUAAAAGUGUAGUUUAAAGAGUUUUUAAAAUUUUACCUCAAUCAAAGUUUUAGAUUUAGUUAUCAGUAGUUUAUUUUUUCUAUAAUUUAGAAUAACAGCAAAGAUAUAUUAAUGUUAUUUAAAUCUAUAUAUUUUAUAAGGUAUUUUAAUAAAAAAGAUAUCUUAAAAAAGUCUAUCAUAG